CCUCCUCUCGCUCCUCCCCCUAGCAUCCACCGCGUCCUCCACCCUUUCUCUCUUCGUCUUCCCUCUUUUCAUCGUCAUGGCGUCUCUUCUCGAACGUUUGGAUGUGGCACCCGACAGCGCCUCCUCAGGGGGCCCAACCCGCGCCAAACGCCACGACCGCGCCUCGCCGUAUGCCCGCCCGCCUAAAGGCAACCCAGAAGACGACUGGAAGCACGACAUGUACGAAGACGCCGACAAGCCGCGCGCGCUCUCCACCCGGCUCUCCGCGGGCGGCGCCGUCCCGCGCAGGCCCGACGCGCGCCUCGCCGAGCGAUACCUCCAGGAGGCCACCGGCGGCGGGGGCGCCUCAGCGAACGGCUCUGGCUCGUCGGGGCUGAGCAUCAAGGGCGCGAGCAACCUCGGGAACGUCGUGCAUGUCGAGGGGCUGGUCAAGGGGACGACGCCUGCUGAUGUCGAGGCGAUCUUCAAGCGCUGCGGCGCCAUCCUCUCCUCGUCGUUCGCACCGCACCCCGCGGUGGACAAGGAUGGCAUCGCGGUGCGCCUCAAGUUCAAGACCGCCGCAGCCGCGCAGGACGCCGUGGCGAAGUUCAACGGGCAGCCCGCGGACGGGCGCACGCUCAAGGUCGCCGUCGUUGGCGGCGCGAGCGCCUCGCUCGGCGGACGGCUCGGUGGGCUUGUCGGCGAUCUUGCGGAGAGCGGAAGCGUGGACGCGUUGAUGGAUGGGGAUAACGGUGGAUCCAAAAUGCGCUCGGACUCGAUCCUCACCUCCGACCCGCGCGCGUCUGUGCAGGUGGUCCCGCCUGGCGCAGACCCGAAAAUGUACCAACAGCAGCAGGGCGGCGGACGGGGACGCGGGCGCGGUCGUGGCCGGAGGGGUGGCGGAGGCCGCCGUGGUCGGAGGGGCGGCGCUGAAGGUGGAAUGGAGGUAGACUAAGCGCGGUAUGGGGUUAAAUGUUUUCGUGUUAUGGCGUAUGUUUUGUUAUCAUCUUUUGCGAGGGGAACACUUGCGCUCCCGUCAAUCAUAUUCUUCAGGCUGACUGUCUUUCGUGGGCUGUGCGUACAUAUACAUAAUCUAUCGUCGUU